AGAAAACAGAAUGAAAUAAUAAGAAAGAAGAGAUUCACAAGUGAAAAGACAGAAAGAAUCAUGACUGUCGCAUUUCUUAUUUUAGCUCUUUGCUGCUUGCUGACCCGAGUGACAAUAACACAGAAUCGCCGUUUCCAUCCUUCGUGGGAAAUGGAAACUGAAAUGGAAAUAGAUCUUCUAGGAAAUCCAGUUAAAAUGCGUUCAAAUUUACCCAAUAUUGCACCUUGCCGUAACAGCAUGGAAUGUAGUAGCGGAUGUUGCGUCCAAUUUCGUAAGAAUCGGAUGUGUUUAGCUCGAGCUGAAUACGGAGAACGGUGUACCGUGGAUCAAGUGAAAGGGGGAGUGUUUGAUCAGUACUGUCCCUGUAAAAACUCAUCAUUUGUUUGUGACACUGUGUCACCAGAACCCUCGUGCCAGUACGUACUGUUAUUCAACUUUAAUGGUUUGGGUCCUCAUUUGUAAUAUGAAUAAGUUUCCAAAUUUAAAAUUAAUAAUCAAGAAUAUUUUACGGCAAUUUUUAUAUAU